AGCCUCUUUCAAACUGUCAAUGGCCGCUGUUGAAAAACAAGAAAUAUACAGAGAAACAUAAAAUUGUGAAUUCGCAAUGACAAUUUGUUAAAAAUCACACAAAUUCAGAAAUUUCAGAACAAACAAUCGAGUAUUGGACUGCUAUUGCAAUUUAUUAAUUAAAAUAGUGUGGUUUCAAAGGAUUCGAAAUCGCAAAGAGUAAAGUGAAGCUUUACUGGGGUACAGAGGCGAUCCGUAGGCCUUAUUUAAACGUUGGAAACGAAUUUGGAUCAUCUAUUAGAGAAAUAAUACAUAGAAUCUGUUUUUACAUUUCUGGGCAAGUUUCGGGCAGUAUUGUUGAUUCAUAAAUAAUUUAAAUCGUUGGAAAUAAUGGAAAUACAACAAUUAGAAAUACUUUGUAAGCAGCUCUAUGAGGCAACCGAUUCAGUAAUACGUUCUGAUGCUGAAAAGGCACUGGUGGCUUUCGUAAGCAGCCAGGAUGCUCUACCUAAAUGUCAAAUGCUUCUAGAGCGUGCAGAUUCAAGCUAUGCGCAGUUGCUGGCAGCCACAACACUUACAAAAUUAAUACAAGGACUUAAUUUGGAACAGCGAAUUGAUAUAAGAAGUUACGUGUUGAACUAUUUGGCUAAUCGACCAAAUUUACAACAUUUCGUUGUUCAAGCACUUGUUACACUUCUGGCUAAGAUUACAAAAUAUGGAUGGUUCGAUAUGUAUAAGAGUGAUUUGAUAUUUCAAAAUCUUUUUGAAGAUGUAAAGAAGUUCCUACAGGGCUCGGUAGAACAUUGUACUAUUGGCGUUCAGAUUUUAUCGCAACUCGUUCUGGAAAUGAAUUCUAUUAUAGAAGUCGAUGUGAAUUUAUCAUUUUCAAAAAAUCGAAAGAUUGCCACUUCAUUCCGUGACCAACAACUUUAUGAUAUUUUUUUAUUGUCCUGUUCAUUAUUAAUUACUGCUCGUGACAACAGCAAAAACCUAAAUUUCAUGGAUGAAUCCCAGCAGGCAUUAAUAUCACACGUACUGCGGCUAACGAAGAAUUGCUUAAGUUUCGAUUUUAUCGGCAGCUCAACAGAUGAGUCGUCCGACGACAUGAAUAGUGUGCAAAUACCCACAUCCUGGCGACCGGCCUUUUUGGAUUCAAACACUUUAAAAUUAUUUUUUGAUCUUUACCAGAUUCUCCCAAAUGGGUUGGCCAGUUAUUCGCUUUCUUGUCUUGUGCAAAUGACUUCCGUGCGCCGUUCUCUCUUUAAUAAUUCAGAGCGAACUAAAUUUCUUACUCAUUUGGUGGAAGGUGUAAAAAAUAUACUCGUGAAUCUGCAUGGACUUAGCGAUCCGGAUAAUUAUCAUGAAUUUUGCCGUCUUUUGGCUCGCCUUAAAUCGAAUUAUCAAUUGGGUGAACUUAUAGCAGUUCCAUGUUAUCCGGAAGCAAUACAGCUAAUUGCAAAGUUUACCGUUCAGUCACUACAGAUGUGGCAAUUUGCCCCAAAUAGUGUGCACUAUUUGCUCACGCUAUGGCAACGAAUGGUCGCCUCUGUGCCGUAUGUUAAAUCCCCUGAACCGCAUUUAUUGGGAACAUACACUCCUGAGGUGACUAAAGCUUAUAUUGAGUCACGUCUUGAUGCAGUUCCAGUUAUUGUACGUGACAAUAUGGAAGAUCCCUUGGAUGAUUUGUGUAUGGUUCAACAACAAUUGGAACAAUUGUCUGUGAUCGAACGUUGUGAAUAUGAUAAAACAUGUACAUUACUUGUGCAACAUUUUGAUCAAAAGGCCCGAGAGUACGAAAACUUGUUGCAAACGCCUAAUGCUAAUCCUAUGGACAUAACGGUGCAUGAACUGCAACUCACUUGGUUAGUUUAUAUAAUUGGAUCAGCAAUCGUUGGGCGACUAACCGUUAACUCGAACGACGAUCAUGACACGAUGGAUGCCGAAUUAGUUAUCAGGGUACUACAAUUAAUGAGCUUAACGGAUGCACGUCUACCACAAGCUGGCUGCGAGAAACUUGAAUUAGCCAUACUAAGUUUUUUGGAACAAGUACGCAAAAUGCAUAUUAGUGAACAAACUCAAAAGGCAAAUGUUUAUAAACGCCUGAGCGAAGUGUUUGGCUUAAAUGACGAACAAAUGCUUUUGAGUUUUAUUAAUCGUAAAAUCAUAACUAACCUUAAGUUUUGGGGCCAUUCUGAACAAAUCAUCACAAAAACACUAAUGUUACUUUCGGAUCUGUCAGUGCAUUUCAAUUCUGUAAGAAAACUAGCGAAAUUGGAGGAGGUACAAUUCAUGUUAACCCAUCAUACGAGUGAACAUUUCCCAUUUUUGGGCACCAAUUCAUCGUUAUCGGAGAUGCGUUGUCGCACAAUGUUCUAUACUUCACUUGGACGUUUGCUAAUGUUCGAUUUGGGGGAAGAUGAGGAACGUUUCUACAACUUCUUAACACCGCUCACAAAUCAAUUUGAAUCACUGGGCACUGUUUUAAUGGAUGCUAAUAGUUUUCCUAACGAGGAAGCGAAGAAGGCAAUAAUUGGUUUGGCAAGAGACUUGCGUGGCUUAGCUCAGCCCUUGAAUGCUCGCAUACCAUAUACAAUGUUGUUUGAAUGGUUAUACUACGCUGAUUACUUGCCCAUACUCAUACGUGCCGUGGAGUUGUGGGCACAUGAUCCUGCGGUCACGACUCCAGUACUAAAAUUAUUCGCUGAACUUGUUCAUUGCCGCACUCAACGUCUGCAAGGCAAUGUAUCUAGCCCGAUGGGGAUUCUUUUAUUUCGAGAAGCGUCCAAAUUGAUCUGCAUUUACGGCAAUCGUAUAUUGCUUUUAGAUGUGCCGCGAGAUCAGCAGUAUCCCAUGCGUCUAAAAGGCAUUUCAAUUUGCUUUUUAAUUCUUAAAAAUGCGCUGGGAGGGAAUUAUGUUAAUUUUGGUGUGUUUAAGUUGUAUGGUGAUGACACGCUUGAUAAUGUAUUGAAUAUUGCCGCUAAGCUCAUAAUGUCAAUACAGCAAAAUGACUUAUUGGAAUAUCCAAAAUUGUCCUCGGCCUAUUAUGGUUUGCUAAAUUGUUUAUCACAGGAUCAUAUAACCUUCCUAGCUAGUUUGGAACCGCGAGCAUUUGUAUAUAUAUUGGAGAGUCUUUCUAAGGGUCUUACUGCUUUAGACUCGACGAUUUAUAUCAGCUGCUGUUCAAUCUUGGAUAGUAUCGUAUCGUAUAUAUUUAAACAAUUACAAUUAAAAGGUAUGAACUUGCUUUUAACUUGGAAUCAAACAAAUAUUAUUACAAAUAAGCUCAAAAAUAAAGUAUAUUUAAAAAUUUCAGUUUCGACAUUCCCGAACAAGAAACUGCGUAAUAUAACGCCUGAAAACGCACAAUUUCUUAAGGUGGUGGAAAUGAACUCAGAUUUACUACAAAGCAUGAUGUCUACUUUGUUGAAUAACGUUAUGGCAGAAGAUUGUAGAAAUCAGUGGUCGAUGUCACGACCACUUUUAGUUCUUAUACUUCUCUAUGAAGACUAUUUUAGAUCGUUAAAAGAUAAUAUAAUCCGUGCACAGCCAUUGGACAAACAGCAAACAAUGGCGCAAUGGUUUGAGGAUCUCAUGGUUGGUAUAGAACGCAACGUAUCAAGUAAAAAUAAAGAGAAAUUCACGCAAAACCUUUCAUCCUUCCGCCGUGAUGUUGUUAAUUUACCAAAAUCAUCAAGCUAUAACACAGAUAAUGCGUACCAAGUAUAUUCGGAGACAAAUUAUUCGGUUUCAGUUUAAGAAUUAUUCGGAGGAAGCAUUAAUGGUCCCGCACUUACUGGUUAAGUUUGAAUGGCUGAGCUAUCGAUUUGCCUAUGGUGAUUACAAAUUAAAAUUUAAUAAGAAAAAAUAUCAAGAAAAAAUCAAGAAAUAUAUAUUUAAAUUUAUACAUUACAUUGCUGCAUUUGCAAAUGUGGUACCGUACCGUACCGACGUUAAUAAAGAAAGGGCAUCGAUAGCGAUAUUGAUACUAUGUAAAAGGCUGGUCGCGCUGACUUGAUUUUAUUUUGCUAACAUAAAGGUUUGUCUUAUGUUAUGCGUAACAUGAUUAUUUUGUACGUGAACAAAGUAAAAUUUUAAUAAACGUAAUUGAUGUAAAUAGUGAUUUUA